CCCAUCUAAGUUUUGCUGUAGCAAUCAAACAAUCCUGCGUCGUCAACCUUCCACCCCUGCCCUCUCAUCAUCAUCGUCUUUUGUUCCACAAACAAACUCAACUCCUCAUCGUAUCUUGCCAUUCAACUAGAUUCCAAUCGCCUCUGUCAUCAUCAAAACAACGACUCUGACGCAAACACACGCUUCCCAAGCCAUCUCCAUAUUCUCUGCGCCCGUCCCUCGUUUCUUCUCGUGUUUAGACGCAAGUUCGUCAUUGACCGAUCAACUCGCCACCCAACUCACCCCAGUCUUCCAUCCCCUAGUCACCGUCAACCUUCCCAACCUUCUUAUCCCGCGUUACUGUCGCACCAUGACCAACGUUACCGACCCAACCGCCGCGCCCGCCAAGACGCCCACCACCAAGCGCACCCAGAAGACCCGUGUCCGCCGCAAGGCGCGCCGCCGUGACGGCGCCGAUUCCGAGGAGGAGGGCGGCAGCGCCUCGGAUGCCUCGGACGCUUCCGACUCAAAGGCUACCCCCGCUACGGCAGCCAAGCCCAAGCUCACUCCACUGUUUCCUGACGAGAACUCGACCACGCCAGCCGCGUGGGCUGACAUGACCGACAAGGGUGAGGAGAUCACAUUCGACGACUUCAAUCGCGGUGACCCUGCACGCCGCGGCAUUGCAGUGCGCGGACGUGGGCGCGGCGGCAAGGUUGCGCGGGAGCCGCGCGAGAUGACUGAGGAGCAGAAGAAGCGCGAGGAGGAGACGGCUGCCGCUCGCCGCGAGAAGCUCAAGGCCAAGCGCAAGGCGAAGAAGGAGGCCGAGAGGGCGAGCAAGAGUGCUGCCAAGGCGGAUCCUGGCGCUGCCACCACCGCUGUGCCCGCUGCCGCCCCUGCAACGGUCAACGCGGAAUCUUCGCUCGCCGCCUCGACGUCUGCGCUCAAACUCGAUGACCCCCCCGCCGAAUCGACUGCGCCCGCUGCCUCCGCUCCUUCCGUCUCUCCUGCUGAUGGCACACCUCGCCCUGGCAUUCCCCCUCGCACCAACCGGAACGCGUAUACGCAGCGAGUGGCCGAAGACCCCAAGUUCACCCCGCGCGUCGGCAACUUCUGGAUGCACGACCAGCGCCAUUAUGAGGCGGGAAGCGUGGGCGAGGGAAGCUUCGCCGGACUCCGCGGCAUGUCUGACUUUUGGCGCGGACGUGGCGGCAUGCGCGGCAUGCCCCGCGGCGGCUUCCGUGGAGUGCCUCCUCCCCGAGGUCGCGGGCGUGGGCGGGGGUUCGCCUUUGUCCCCCCCGUGCGCCAGAUGUCCCCGGCCCCUUCGCCUUCGUCGGCGUCGACCUCCGCGUCUGGUCCAGGCCCUGCGCCUUAUAGAGGUAAGGCCGUCCCGCCUGCAACAGCCUCGAGUAGCGGCCACCGUAUGGCCGAGAUGGACAAGCUGGAGAUGGAGCUCCAGAACAAGGCGCGUCACAAUCGCGCUGGAGCGAACGAGGGCAAGUGGGGUCACGAGGGCUUCGAGGAGAUUGCCGCCCAUGAGGACCCCAUGCGGCAUAACCACAUGAUCCGCGGUCGCGGGCGUGGCCGUGGCCGGGGAGGCUUCAUGCGCGGUGGUCCUCCCCUGCGCCCCAUGCCUCCUGGAGUAGCACAUCUACCGACCCCCGAGGCGUCUCCCGACCGCUCGGCGUCCAAGACGGAGCCUAGAACUGAGGCCCCCACGACGACUGGCCCCUCCUCUGAAACUCUCCUGGAGGAUUCAGGCGCUGUGACGGUCAAGCUUCCGGGCGGCGCCAAGUCCGUGGACGUAGACCGCCCGCCCAGCCAGCCGACAGAGGCUCCUGAGCAGCCCAAGAGCCCCUUCCCGCCCGCCUUUACGCCCUCCAACCCCUCGCCGGUACCAUACGUUGCGAGUGACAGCGGCUCUAUCAGCAGCGGGUACGUUCCCACGGGGCCGAUGAUGCCGAUGCACACGGGCGAGUACUACAACCAUGCGCCGCCUUUCCGCGCGCCUGGACCAGGCUUCUAUCCCCCGUACCGCCCGCAGAGCUUUACGCCUGAGCCGCACUUCGUCCCGGGGCAACAGCCCCGCGGAUCCUUCUCCGGGCCUGCCCCAUUCUACCCAGGCGCACCUGCGCACGCGCGCCCCGGUUCUCCGCUCAACCCUUAUCAGGCGCCGUAUGGGCAGGCGGCUUACUUUGUCCCUGCUCGUCCUACGCAGAAGGUGUCAAUCCGUUCUCCGAGAGGCAGCACCGAUGAGAUCAAGAGCCCGGCCACCGAGCCCGAGGCCGUUGGCACGCCCGAGUUUGUGCACGCUCAGCCCUUCUACCAGCAGCAGGGGUACAACCCGUACGCCAACGGCGAGGUGUACUACCAGGGCUACUGGCCCGGGUAUGAAGGCGGUAGUGAGUAUGGAUAUGCGGAGCAGUACCAUGGCCACCCGUAUUAGAAAUGGCGCAAGCCACCAUAAACAAGUAUAGUGUGUAGGAUACGAGCAUAGGCAUGUGAAGAGUUGGAGAACUGGA